AUGUCCCUGAAAAUCCAACUCGUCCUAAAAUUACUGCUAUGGCAACAUGCUGUUUUAGCGAAAAAUGAAAAAUCUCCUUGCCCAACAAGUCUGAAAUCUCAAGCCCUCCGAAACGACCUGUCAAAAGCAUUGAACUUGGCAUUUCGAGGUCUUCCGUCGAUGAAAGCCGCCUGUAUUCCUGACAUGACAAACCUCAAAUGCGAAGAAAUCCGAUCAGACACAAGCGCCAGCGGUAGAAAACGGACGAUUGAAAAAUGCAUUGCUCAAGUCACGGCUCAUUCGAAUUACUGGGGGAAUUUCAAAGUUGAUGAUUAUGAAUCCAGCGCACUGAGGAGGGGGAAGAAAUGCUACUUUAUCUUCAAAAUUCGAACAUUUCGCAACAAAAAGGGCAUCAAGCGGUCAAAACUUCAAGGAAAACAUCUGAAGAACAAAUGUCGACUUGAAGAAAAGGCCACCUGGGAGGACUUUGGCCCUUGGUCAGCUUGCGGUCAGGGUCAGGAAAAGAAGUGUGGCGAGUUGGAACAAAUGAGACUAAGAAGAUGCUCGGUCGAGGGAAAAUGCCAGGGCAGCGAUAUUGAAAUUAGGACUUGCUUCAAACCGUGUUCUACGAAACCAUCUCCACUUUGGUCAGAAUGGUCAGAAUGGUCGACUUGCUCUAAAACCUGUGGAGGCGGUACUAGGAUCAGAAAUCGAUACUGCCAAAACGGGCCGUGUCUGGGAGACAAGGAAGAGGGUGAAGUUUGCAACAAAGAAAAAUGUCCAAAAAAGAAGCCUGAGUCGCCAUGGUCAUCUUCAAGUUCAGCUCAAAAAAGCGAAGGAAGAAAGUUUGACUUCAUUUCUUGGCCGCAAUCUUCAAAAGACUGCAAGUUCUACGAGUUCUACGAUCAAUACGGCCGGAGACUGAGCAAAUCAGAGUGCCAAGCCCUUCUCGACAGCUCGCCAAACAGACUGUAUCCGCUGACGACGAAGGAAUGUCUCGAGAAAAACUUUUACUUGAAAGAUGAUCGAAGGCUGUCGAACUCAGAGUGCGUCGAAAUCGUUGACAGGCGAACAAUGUUCAUCAUCAAAAGCGCUAAGAAAAUUCAAACAAGAGACCCCGAAAACGAAGAAGAAUGCAGAUCAUCAGACUUUUUCUACUCUGGAAAAUUCCUGUCAACAGAGGAAUGCAUCGAAAGACUAAAAAACCUUGAAUCGAAUCAACUUGAUGAGGAUCUAUCCGAAUAUGAUGACGAUUACGGAGUGGGCCCAAGAAGCAGAAAAGACUGUGAAGAAUACGAGUUUUUCUGGGACGACAGAAUCUUGACAGUUCAAGAAUGCCUUCGACUUCUAGCAGCAUCUCAAAGGCGACAGCGUCAAAGAUAUUAA